CGGAAAGAAGCUUGAGUUCUUUGUCUCGCUCUCUCGCCUACCUUCAGCUGACGCGCAAGCGCACUCCCGCUGGAUGAAGGUCAGAAUAAAGUGGGGGAGGGCCUCGGAGUCGCGCAGGCGCGCUUCUGUGCCGGACUGCCAAGAUGUCGUUCCCCAAGUACCAGCCUUCGCGCCUGGCCACUCUACCCUCCACCCUCGACCCAGCCGAAUACGACGUAUCUCCAGAAGCCCGGAAGGCGCAAGCCGAGCGGUUGGCCAUAAGAUCCCGACUUAAACGGGAGUACCUGCUUCAGUACAACGACCCCAGCCGCCGAGGGCUCAUCGAAGAUCCUGCCUUGAUUCGUUGGACCUAUGCAAGAUCAGCAAAUAUCUAUCCCAAUUUCAGACCCACUCCCAAGACCUCACUCUUAGGAGCUCUAUUUGGAAUUGGGCCCCUCUUCUUCUGGUAUUAUGUUUUCAAAACUGACAGAGUAUGGGUGUGCCUCAGAAUGGCUGAGGGUGCUUACAGGCUUCUCACAUGGAGGGGGAAGAAAGCCUAGGGCAGGAAGCAAGUGAUGUGCUACACAGCUGAGGUGUCUUGUUGACAGUUCCACACCUGCAGGAGCUAGGAGCUGCAGCAGCAAUUGGAGUAAAAAGACUGGCCAAGAGGAAAUGAGGUAGGCACAAGAAGUAGACGAUUUCCUUAUCCACUCCAUGCACUGCUUGGAUCUGGGUGCACUUCAAUCUGUAACAUGUCAUUCAGGGUGGUGGCUAGGUCCAAUCUCAGCAUAGGAGGGUUAGUGGAACAAGUUUCAGUCCUGCACUGUGGAAAUGUCUGAAGCCAUAACUGACAUUCGUCAUUUCCCUAUACCAAACUUUCUAGGUUUUCCCUCCUUGGAUAUCACUUUAGACGGUCUAGAUUGCUUGCUUGAAGGAGUCACUGGGUCCUUUAUCUGCCAAGGCCAGAACCUUAGUUACUCCUGUAUCAUCAGGUCUUUGUUGAAGCAAUUGCCUAUUUACAUUUAUCCCUGGACAUGGAAGCAUCAAGAAGCACUAGUAAAUCUGCAUUCCAGAUGUAUCCCUUUAGGCCCCCAUUGUGUAGCAGCUACCCUAGCUCCUUGUAAUGAAAGUCAUUUAGUGCUGCCAAUAUGGAAACCUUUUUUUUUCCUUUUGUCCACUGUUUCCCAGGCACAAGAAGCCCCAAAUUACCAGGAGAUAGUCACAGUUUCCGAUUAAAGUGAAAUCCUGUGAUAUUGUGAUUUAUAAUAAGAAAUACAUAUUUGGUCAUUGUCCUCAUUUCUGUCACAGAGCUCCUAAAACCCUGGGGAUUUUCUGAGAGUUGUGUUAAAGGCGUCUUUUGUUAUAUUAAUGAGGCAAGUUUCGGACCACAUCUAAGGCUGGGGUUGGUUGCCAAGAGAACCAACUGUCUGAUUAGACGGUUGGAACUUGUAGUCCCCUUCUGUGACCUUGCAUUUGUAUCCCUGCUCUGCCACUUGUGAAGUGACCUGGAAAGUAUUUACAUUCUCUGUGACUCAGUUUUCUUAUCUUUAAAAUAGAUAUACUAGUAAUACUUACAUUGUUAUUAAACUCAUUGUUUGAAGAGUUACUGUUUACAAAGUAUUUAGUAUUUAGGGUAGUUCUAUUUUUAACUUAAAAAAAUUUUUUUUAAUGUUUUGUUUUGUUUUUGAGAGACAGAGAGACACAGCAUGAGUGGGGGAAGAGCAGAGAGAGAGGGAGACACAGAAUCUGAAGCAGGCUCCAGGCUCCGAGCUGUCAGCACAGAGCCUAACUCAGGGCUUGAACCCACAAACUGUGAGAUUAUGACCUGAGCAGAGUCGGACACCUAACUGACUGAGCCACCCAGGUGCCCCCUAUUUUUAACCUUUUGAGGAAAUGUCGUACUGUUUUCUACAGUGGGUGUACCAGUUUGCAUUCCUAACCAACAGUGCAACAAUUCCUUUUUCUCCACAUCCUCACCAACACCUAUUGUUACUUGUGUUUUUGAUUUUCUCCAUUCUGAUAGGUGUGAGGUGAUACCUCGCUGUAGUUUUGAUUUACAUAUCCCUGGUGAUGAGUGAUUUUGAGCAUCUUUUCAUUGUGUCUGUUGGCUGUCAGGAUGUCUUCUUUGGAAAAAAUGUCUAUUCAUGUCUCCUGCCCAUUUUUAAAUUGGAUUAUUCAUUUUUUGUGUGUUGAGUUUGAUAAGUUCUUUAUAGAUUUUGGAUACUAACCCUUUAUUGGAUAUGUCAUUUGUAAAUAUCUUCUCCCAUUCCAUAGGUUGCCUUUUAGUUUUGCUGAUGGUAAAACAUUUUUUUUUAACAUUGAGAAUUAUUGAGCAAUGUGUUCUUAAGAGUUUAAUCAAUUUCUAAAUAUUUCUCACUACCACAAACAAUGCCCCAAAUCACACCCAGAAGUGGUCUGCUGAGGAUACCAAUUGCCACCUCAUCUGAGUGCUAUAAUGUUACCGUGUGUCUGACUCAUGCGGCUGGCCGUGAGCACUGGGCACAGGAGCCUACACUGGUAUUGCUGCCUCUGUUGGCCCAAAAGCUAAAGCUUGUUACAGCCACAGCCACCAGAAAAAGUUCCUCAAGGUUCCUGUAUCUUCCCAUCACUUGCUCCUGAAAAACUUCUUGUUGCAGGGGAGGGUGAAAAAGCAAGCAUAUGGCAUGUUCAGCUUGAAAAUGUGAGGCAGAUACGGAAUUCCCAAACAUAAGAAAGUGGUUCAAAUGCUGCGCAGCCAAAAAUGACAAGGAACCAGAACCAGAUCAUAAAGCCUUUAUCACAGUUAAGGGCUUCUUCCUAAUGGCAAUGGGAGCCACUGAAGGUAUUAAGCAGGAGUAACCUCAUUGGAUUUGCAUCCCUGGAAGAUCAUUUUGGAUUCUGGAGGAGGAGGAUCUCAGGGCAAGAAAGGCUAGAGGUUGACCAGUUAUCAGGCUGUUGUAAGACUUAUGGCUAGAAAUGAUUUUCAAUUUUUGAGACAAGCCCUCUCUGCAGAACAAAGCAGUCCCUACUAAUCCCAGGAUGACUCAUUUGGAUGUGAACUUGUCGAAAGCUUUAUGAAAGUCUAAAUAUAUUAUCUCUAUUAGUUCCCCUUUAUGCACAUGCUUGAGGAGCCAGUCUUAAUAAUUCCAUAUCCGUGUACAUCAUCCCUUCCUCUCUUUGGGACAAUAUUGCUUCUCUAACAGGCUGGUUUGUUUAAGUACUGUGUCUUUUUACCCUUUAUUAUGGACCCUGCCUGGUGAAAAAUAUUACAUUCAUGCUCUGAUCCAAA